AUGGAUAGCAGCUUGACUGAUGCAAUUGAGCAUUUGGAAGCCACUGCAUUUGUUCCGGCCAAACAACGAUACACAGAUGUUGGGAAAUUGGUCAACACAAUUGCGUCGGUCGCGUAUGAAAAUGGCAUUCCACAGAAUAUGCUAGGCCGAAUUUUGAAGAUCUUGACAGUGAAAAACAACCUUGACCAGGGUACGAUCACAAUUCUAAUCAAGAAUUUGUACCCGCAAGAGAGAGUCGCGUCCGAACAUGUCAACCAUAUUGUUUGCUGUCUGGGACCCAGCAAGUUCAAACCAAGUCCAGCAACCCAGGCUCUACUUGUACGCUGGUUGAUACUUGCAUAUGAUCUCUUGCAAGAUAGAACACAUCUCGGCAAGUUAUAUGCUGUUCUGUUCAAUCAUUUAGAUAUGAUCAGCCUGCGCAAGUCACUGUGUCAUGUACUCUCCAUGAUUACCCGCCGAAAACAUGUCAAGCCAUUCCGCAUACAAGCCUUGAUGGACCUGGUUCAAAGGAAUAUUGGCGAUGAAAAAGAAAUCAUUAGCCUGCUGAGCACUUACAAGAAUUACUACCCCGAUAUCAUUACGGGGGAUGUGAGUGGUUCUAGAAGAAGUUCCUUGUUCUUCAAGCAUCCCGACCUCGACUGGUCAAGUCAUGCAAGGAUGUUGCAGUCCCAAAAUAUGGAGAGAGUACAAGCAACGCAGGGAUCUAGCUUCCAAGUCCUCCACCGGGGCGCAAUUAAAAGAAGCAAGAUCGAAGUUGUGGUCCCAGUUUUACAAACAUCUCGAGUGUCGAAGAAGCACGCCUCACUGGAAGAAAUUCGUGACAUAAGUUAUUUCGUCGAAAAUAUUGACAAGAUUGAGUUGCCAAAUCAGCUUAUCUCGAUGCUUGAAAAUGGCAUGGCGCAGAAGUAUCUCCACUUGGUGCAAUCAAAAGAUGCAAAUCACCGCCUGGACGAAUGGCUGAAAACUUUUUUGAAGGAUCAGCUUGAGCAAAUCCAUGAUGGCCAAGAAGACGAACCAGAAGUUUUGUCUUAUAUCUUAAGCCUUGUUUUAGGCUAUUCUAUUUAUACAAAGAAACUUUUACCGCCUGUGAGAUCUUUUUUAGAAUCAUAUCUAAAAAUUUGGAAUGGGCGAGAUAAUCGCGAGCAGGUGCUUCGGUUGCUCCAGUUCAUCCCAAUCGAAUCUUACGAUUCUCUUCGUCGCAACGUGUUUUUGCCAAUGGAGUCUGCUCUGCUAGAUGUUCAUCUCAGCUCAAGAACGGACUUGCUUGACUUUUACUCAUCAUUGAUUUACGAAUGGAGUGUGGAACUUCGAACUCAACCCUCGAUAUCUGAGGAAUCAAUUCCUUUAAGUAAAGUUAUCAAGCAUGCAGAGUUAUUGGCCGCCACAAUUUCGGAACUUGUACCCCUUGACCACAUGAAGGCACACGAACCGGUCGUUUCAUCCAUUCUCCGAUUCUACAAAUGUCUCGUCAAUAUUUUCUUGCACGCAUCAAAGAUUGGUAGUAUCCGUCUUGCCGUCCCUCCGCCGACAACAAUCUACACGCUUGUCUUCAUACCGAACAUUUUCACCAUAUCCACCCUGAACUCCAUCCUGGCAGGCUACAAGUUGGCGUUUGAGACGUCCCGCGCCUCCCAACUCAUUCCUAGGCCAUCAUACGACCCAAAAAUCGCGAAUCAACUCAAUGGCUAUGUCAUGGAUGUUUGUAAUCUUCUAUGGCGAAACCGCGCUUUGAACCCAGAAGAUGAUAAUGCUCAUGGGUGUCUCAUACCAGCAUCAAGUGUCACGGCUUUAACUCAACACGUUCGUCAAGUGUAUGAGGUGGCCCGGCACUAUGACCGGGAAACAGCCUUCAAUGUUACAAUUUCUACAAUAUUUUCGCUCAGCCACCACGCUGCAUUUUGCAAUUUCUCUGCUGCGUGCUUUGAAGAUAUUGAAGAAGACCAAAAAAUCUCUGGUCAACAGUCUCGGCUCAGAAAGCCCGUCACUCAGAAGGCCUUGCAGGCUUUGGAGCAGGAAGGUGGCGCCAAAAUCACAUGGCAAGAAUAUCGAGUGCAAAUGCUGAACUGGCUGGAUGCUGUUGGCACUCGGGGCACAACUGAACUUAUGAGGAGUACUAUUAAAAACUUGCAGAAGUAA